AAAUCAUUAAAAGACAAUCCAAAAUGAAUCUGAUUGUAUUUUGCAUCACACUCGCAGCGGUCAUAGCUCCGUGCGUUUCCCUGACGUGUCACAGCUGUGGAUACCUAAUUGGUGUUGGUGACUAUGACUGUGAUGACCCGUAUGUCAAAAAUACCGGCAAUGUUACAUGCGAUGAUAGUUGGUAUUGCAAGAAAGGCACAAUUUCGAGCGGAAGCACUAUCACCGCUCUCUCACGUACAUGCGAGCCGGAGUGUUCAACGGGCUGCAUCGACUUCCUCGGCUCGACUUUGUGCGGUUACUGCUGCCGGACCGACUUUUGCAAUAGCGCCACCAACGUUCAGAUCAGCGUAGUGACAAUCAUCGCCACCCUACUUCUUUCCUUGGGACUUUUGUAUAAAUAAAAAUUACUAAGCAUGGUUUUGAAAAUUAGUUUUUAUUCAAGAGUUUAUUCAACUUUUAUACUAUUGUAUUCAGAGUUUUGUUAUAAUCUUUUAGGUAUGUGGGUACUGAAUCGUUUGUAGGAAAUCGAGGCUGAAAUAUAGGGAUUGAUUGAGCAUUGUCUUCACAGGUGGACCACGAUGUCAAAACCAAUCUCAUAAAGAGCAGUAUAUUCAACAGUGUGUUCACAGUGUGGAACACGAUGUUAAAUCCCAUUCAUUCCGUGUUAACAUAAUUUCAAUAAUGAGAAUCAUAUCCUUAAACGAGCAGUGUGUUCACAGUGUGGAACACGAUGUGAAAUCCAAUUCACACUGUUAAGAACAUUUAAUAGUGUGAAUCAUAUCCUUGAAGAGCAGUGUAUUCAACGGUGUGUUCACAGUGUGGAACACGAUUUGAAAUCCCAUUCACACUGUGUUAACAUAUUUUUUAUAAUGUGAAUCAUAUCUUCACACAAACCACCUUUACCAUGCACACUUGUACUGCCACGGUGUCCACCCCACAGUGUGAACAUUAUCUCCACAGUGGUAAAUAUUUUAACAUUGUGAAUCACAUCUGUAGGCUCCAUCAUUGGUUCAUGAUUAUGACAAGUCUUCCUAUUUACUUAUUUUCCGCUGCUGAUUUUGUUCAGUAAUCUGAACUAAAUAACACGGAAAUAUCGAUAACAAAGUUUAUGUUACAUUAGCUCC